UCUAUUGCGAUCCCUACGUUCAGAAGUGUGUCUGCGUGGCCCGAGGGAGAGACAGAUUCUGUCAGGAGUGCUUAGGUCAUCCCACAUGAAUAUCUCACCUUCCUGCCCCCCUCUGGAUACUAUGCGUUAUAAUGUCAAUUAUCCCCUGAACGAAAUUACGAACCGGCCUAAAGCGCAAAUUGGUACCUGCUGCACCUCCAGACCACAUUCCGAUCCUCACCCCGCGCUUUGGCCACACAAAGAAAAACUGCGGCUUUUCAAAGUAAAGUCCUGUGUGCCGGAGGAAUAUUCAUACGCCUAGAUUCAGCCCGGCGGUUGGAUCCCUGCCCCCAGAGCUAAUAUAGCCGUGACCCUUAUCCCAUUUGUAGCU